UGAUGCGAGAGUCACAAAAUGCAGCAAUAACACAUCACUACAAUUUCAUAAUUAUUAUGUGAAUAGCCGUGAGUACGAGUCUAUAUCAGCGGGUAUUGACAUUGUACAAUUAAACAAUAAGAACAAGAUAAAGUUGAUUCCGACUGUGGAAGAUAUAUUCACUGAGCAAUUUGAAUUCUGGCAAAGCGUUGUGUGUCGUUAUAAUACUACCACAUUAUCCAGCUUGGACGGAAUAUUAUAUGAAAUGGGAUUUGCAGGUGUGGCGUACACGUGUGGCGUUUUAGUUAUACUUCUAAGCGUAUACUCGGCUGCGAUCUCAUAUUUCUACUGGAGAUGUAGCAAUGAGAGCAAUCCAACCUUGCCAACUCUGCCCACUCUCGAGAAUGCUCCCGAAGUAGUCAGCGUUGCGAACUCGUACAUUUCAGUGAGAUGGAAUCUUAGUUACAAUGGUGACGGUCCAGUCUGCGGGUCCAACGUCUAUCUCCAACAUCCUACGUCGACAUCGUGGUGGAGUGUCGGUUUUGUCCCCGUGGAAGAAGAUGUAUCCUACUACCAAUUUGUGAUUGAUAGACUGGAUGCAGGGACCAGCUAUGGUAUAAGAGUCCGUCUUUUCCACUGCUCGGGGAAAGAAGGGGCACCAAGCCCCGAACUAUCCGCGUCAACAAAUAUUUAUGGCUUGCCAACUCUGACAAAUGCACCCGAAGUAGUCAACGUUACGAACUCGUAUAUUUCGGUGGGAUGGCAUCUUAAUUACAAUGGUGGCGGUCCAGUCUGCGGGUCAAACGUCUAUCUCCAAUAUCCUACGUCGUCAUCGUGGUCGAUUGUCGGUUUUGUUCCCGUGGAAGAAGAUGUAUCCUACUACCAAUUCGUGAUUGACCGACUGGAAGCAGGGACCAGCUAUGGUGUAAGUGUCCGUCUUCUCCAUUGCUCGGGGAAAGAAGGGACAGCAGGCCUCGAACUGUCCGUGUCAACACAGAAUUAUGUUUUGCCUAGUUUGUACCAACGGCCUAGUACAAAAGCAUCAGGAACAUCCUAUGCUACUAUCCUGUGGCAAGAUGAAUACGUCGGCGAUGGACCGACGUGCGGUUAUGCAAUUGACAGGAGGGGUAUAGGAGAUGAUGUCACGCCUUGGAAGACGGCGGGUCUCGUACAAUUGGAACCGGGACGACAGUCAGCAGAACAGCGUGUCUUCAACCUAACUGGCUUAGAACCGUCUAUGGACUACCAGGUCUCAGUAAGACCUAUCUUUUGCGAUGGCGCGAGGACUAUCCAGCUUGGAGAAGGGCCGUUAUUGUCUCUAACGACUUCCAAAAUUGUAUUGCCAACUCUGAAGAAUGCACCUGAAGAAGUCAACGUUACAAACUCGUAUAUUCAUGUUGAAUGGAAUCUUGAUUACAAUGGUGACGGUCCAGUCUGCGGGUCCAACGUCUAUCUCCAGUCUCCUUCGUCGACAUCGUGGUUGAGUGUCGGUUUUGUCCCCGUGGAAGAAGAUGUAUCCUACUACCAAUUCGUGAUUGACCGACUGGACGCUGAGACCAAAUAUGGUAUAAGUGUCCGUCUUUUCCAUUGCUCGGGGAAAGAAGGGGCAGCAAACACAGAACUGUCCGCGUCAACACAGAAUUAUGUUUUGCCCAGCUUGAACCACCACCCUAACACAACAGCAUCGGGAACAACCUAUGCUACUAUCCUAUGGCAAGAUGAAUACAUCGGUGAUGGACCUACGUGCGGUUAUGCAAUCGAUAAGAGGGGUCUAGGGGAUGACGUCACGUCUUGGAUGACAGCGGGUCUUGUGCCACUGGAACCGGGUCGACAGUCAGGAGAACAGCGUGUCUUCAACCUAACUGGCUUAGAACCGUCUAUGGACUACCAGGUCUCAGUAAGACCUAUCUUUUGCGAUGGCGCGAGGACUAUUCAGCUUGGAGAAGGGCCAUUAUUGUCUCUAUCGACUUCCACAAUUCUCUUGCCAACUCUGAAAAAUGAACCUGAAGUACUCAGCGUUACAAAUGCAAAUAUUUCGGUGGGAUGGGAUUUUAUAUACAAUGGCGACGGCCCAGUAUGCGGUUCCAACGUCUAUCUCCAGUCUCCUUGGUCGACAUCGUGGUCGAGUGUCGGUUUUGUCCCCGUGGAAGAAGAUGUAACCUACUACCAAUUCGUGAUUGACCGACUGGACGCAGGGACCAGCCACGGUAUAAGUGUUCGUCUUCUACAUUGCUCGGGGAAAGAAGGGGUGGCAAACCCCGAACUCUCCGCGUCAACAAAUAAUUAUGUUUUGCCUAGUUUGUACCAACGGCCUAGUACAAAAGCAUCGGGAACAUCCUAUGCUACUAUCCUGUGGCAAGAUGAAUACGUCGGCGAUGGCCCAACGUGCGGCUAUGCAAUUGACAGGAGGGGUAUGGGAGUUGAUGUCACGCCUUGGAAGACAGCGGGCCUCGUGCCAUUGGAACCGGGACGACAGUCAGGAGAACAGCGUGUCUUCAACCUAACUGGCUUAGAACCGUCUAUGGACUACCAGGUCUCAGUAAGACCUAUCUUUUGCGAUGGCGCGAGGACUAUUCAGCUUGGAGAAGGGCCGUUAUUGUCUCUAACGACUUCCACAAUUGUGCCAGACAUGCCAGAUGGAACUGAUACCACUGAAAUCCCGCCAACAACAGCGACAUCUGCCUGCCCGAGUGUGAACUGUACAGAAUGCGGUGACUGGAAACUGGCUUUUACUGUCCUAACUGCGCUACUUUUCCUUCUAAUUUAGUACUUUUUUUUAGUUAAGUAACACGCAUUUUUCAUUGGAUGAACUCGGACACCCCCGAUUAGCUAGCUGCUUCAAUUCUUAGUUUUGGCCCCAGACGUCUCGUCCCUAAGCCUUGAUCUUAAAAGCUCUAAAAUACGUCCGUGCCUGACUUUGUAAAGGGAGAGCGAACGGACAAAGAAUUAUGUGUUGUCUCUCAUUUAUUGUGUGUUAAAGAGAGCUAGGCUUGAAAUAUGCAUUUUGAGAUAACUUUUAUGAGGACGAAUUGGCCGAUAGUUUUACAUGUGUAGAGAAACGAAGAUGGUUUUGAGAGGAAAUGUACCUAUUUUGAUACUUGUUAAUGUACUCAUUGUGAUUUGAAUGUAUCGAGUAGUGAUACCUUUGAACCAAAGAAUUUCAGACCAAUUUUGCUUAUACCGUCAUUAUCUAAAAUAUUUGUUUAAAAAUAGUCCAUUAACAACUUUAAGUUUAUCUAAAUAAAAAUGACCUAUGUGAUCGUUAGUGUGGAUUCAGGACUCUUCAUUCAACAUCUUCCUGUUUGACAGAAAUAGUUGAUUUUAUUUUGAUAACUUGAACUCUGGUCGAAUAACGGGGGUCUGUUCUUAGACCUACAGAAGGCUUCCGAUGUAGAUUUGAUACUUGACAAGAUGUAAGAAUCUUUAAAAGUGGUUUAAGAUGUAUUCGACUAAAAGACAACAAUGUGUUUCAAUGAAAGGAGCAACAAGUUCCUUAUAAAAUGUGACAACAGGUGUCCCUCAGGGUCCGUACUUGGGACCCUGAUUUUUUGUUUAUAUGUCAAAGAUUUAGGAAAAUACUCCUAUAUAAUAACAAAAACUCUAUUUAUAUGCAAAUGAUACUACUCUCUUUAAUAGCAAGAAUACAAUGAUUAGCAUACAAAGAAAUUUGCAAUACGAUCUGGACUUAAUUGCGAAAUGGUUCAAUAUUGAUCUCAUGUAUUUACACCCACAAAAGACUAAUACUAUGAUUUUCAGUAAUAUACGUAAAUUACAAAGUAAAAUAAUCACAGUAAAAUAUGAUAAUACAACUUUGGAGCAUGUUGAUGAUAUUAGAUACCGAGGAAUCAUUUUCGACUCUCAAUUAAGCUGGUCUUUACAUAUACAGUACAUCUCUUCUAAAAUGUCACGUUCUAUUGCUUGCAUAAGAAGAAUGGAACAUUUGAUCAAGAGAAAUCAAUUGAAAUAGUUAUACUUUGUACUUAUAUUGUCAUAUACAGACUAUAGUUGUACAGCGUGGGGAAAUUGUUCGAAAAAUAAUAUAAACUGAUUACAAACAUUGCAGAAUAGAUAUGCUCGCUUGGUUUUGAAUGGAGAUUACGCAACUUCACAAUGUUAACUUUGUUAACUGCACUUUGACGGGCAAUCUGUUGAACAGAGGAUUAGAUACCAACAAUGUUUUCUAGUAUACAAAAUUUGGAAUGACUAUGCACCAAAAUACUUGAAACCAUUAUCUGUAAUAAACUAUCCAUUAUUCCGCCCAAAUCAACUACAAAUACCAUACCCUAAAUCUGAGAAAUAAAACUCAUUCUCAUUCACUGUAAAUUCUAUAUUGAAUAAAUUACAGUUGUCCUUACAAAACUCUAAGUCCCCAAAUAACUUUUGAUUUUUUUAACUUUCACCAACACGCUCUCACUUUACAACUUGGGUCAGUUGGUGAAUUGUUUGGUUUUUAACGGCGCUCUCAUAAAAAAGAAAAAUAAUAAUAUAUUCGCCAAUCAAAAUUAUUCUAACAUAUCUAAGGAUGUUUUGCAUGUUAUUAUUAUCAGUAGAUACGGCCUUAUAUUUUAAGAUUUGAAUAGUAUAAGACCGUUUAUUGAAGGAAGGGGUAGUAUACCGCCUGCAACCGCAGUUAAUUACGGUAUAUAUUUAUGAGUUUGUUUGUUUUCAGCUUUUAUUUAUGUUAUUUAUUUCAUUAUAUUGAUGUUCUGUUAUCUAUUCAUUUGCCAUGAAAAUAUUCUGCUAUUUAUUUUAUCAUGUUUAUAUUAUUAUAUUCGUAGAGGGCUUCAUUGUAAAACAGUUGGUUUAACUGAACCGGGCUACCCUCCAUACAUAUAUCGAUCGUGUUAAAUAAAACUUCUUUCUCUCUUUAUUUAGAUACCUGUACCUGUACGUUUUGCUACUGUUUAAAAAGAAAUUACAUAAAUGUACAUAGAACAUGUGGAGCAUUCUGUUCAUAGCUGCAUUGAUAACACACUUGCAAAUCAUAAAUCUUACACCAGUGUAAUGUAUUUCAUAUAUAUGUAUAAAUCUGCAUAAUUUAUUAUGGUAUAUAAUCAAUUUGAAUUUUCAACAGUAACUAGAAAUGAUAGGUCUUUACAUCAUAGUCAGUCUAUGGACCUGUUUUUCACAUUGGAAACCCAACAGUUUUAAUUUUUAUUAAAUUGUUCUUUAGUGACCGUGUUUAUCAGUAAGAAAGAGUGUUAUGAAUAACGGUUAUUUAAAACAUUUUGUAUGUUAUCACCCCCCCCAAAAAAAAAAAAAUAUAUAUAGGUAUAUUUUGGAUAAUGUAAUCUAAGAUUUUGUAUUCAUGUUCAAGAAUUUUAUUGUUAUUACUCCCUCCAUUUCCAUGAUUUUAGCCGGACUGUAUCCGGGGCAUAAGCAUUUUUUUCGAAUAUAUACAUGUAUCUCUCGCUAUAGACCUUAUGCAUUUACGUCUUCACGCCACCUUUAUCUUGCAUGCAUUGGUGAUCUGCAUCCGGCGGCGCUUCUCUGACAAUUCCGUACGCGUAUUUCCUGUAGUAUCCUCUAAGGGAGGGCGCUGUAAGAUCACGACAUGGUAUUAUGCAUAGACCCGCAUUCUGAAGUCGGGUUUAAUUCAAAUUCUGGUUUUAAGUUGUUGUUUAACUAUGGAAAGCUAGUUUAUACAUAAAUCUCUAACAGAGGUUCAAUGUAUCGGCUCAUUUAACUCCCAAAACAUUAUUAACUGCCUAGGAAGGAUAAGUAUGACAAAAUUAAUGUCUUCACCAUUAAAUAAUUAUUGAAGA